CACGACAGAGAUUUAGCAGCAUUAAAACUGUUGCUACUUCUUCUCUUUUCUGUCCAUGUUUAAUUUUUAAUAUAUAUUUAAAUAAUGUUUUUAAAUUAUUUGUUUUUGUUUAAAUCUCACCAACAAAACUAGCUUGUUUUUCAUUAUCAGCCUGCCAUGCCGUCAGCCCUGUUAUGCACAUAUCGAUAACCAACGGCGAGCAACGCUAGUUUUUUUCUUUUCAACUUUUAAUUCUUCUCUUAAUUAAGCCAAAAUAAAAUAGUCAUAGUUUAUCAAAGAAAAUGACACUGUACCACUUUGGAAAUUGCGUGGCCCUGCUGACGCCGUACUACUUCACCUACAAAUACUCCGGCCUAUCAGAAUAUGGAGCCUUCUGGAAGUGCGUGCAGGCGGGAGGCAUUUAUAUAUUCACACAGCUCGUCAAGAUGCUAGUGCUGGCCACAUUCUUCUACUCGGACGCUCCAUCCACCAGCGGCGAGUUUAACUUCUUUGCGGAGAUCCUCCGCUGCAGCGUGGACAUCGCCGAUUUGCUUGGAUUCGCACUAAUCUUGAGUCGCAUUCCCGGCAAGGGUCAUUCAAAGCUUAUUACGGCUGGACUUGGAUGGGCCACCGCCGAAGUAAUUCUUUCCCGAGGUAUCAUGCUGUGGGUGGGAGCCCGAGGCACCGAGUUCAGUUGGAUCUACAUACUCAAGUGUCUGGAGUCUAACGUGCUUCUCGUGCAGCACAUCACUACGGCCACCCUGAUUUGGCUCUUUACUCGUCACGAUUUAAACAAGGCGUUAAAGCCGCUGGUUAGUCUGCUUCUGGCGGUGACUGUUUUCAAAGGCGUCUGGCUGGAGGGCAUGCUCCACAUCCUGACCAUUGGACCGUGGCUGACGGUGGCUGUGAAAGCGCUGGUGGCGGCCGUAAUUGGAUUCUGCACACUGCACAUCUAUUCGGGUCUGGCCCAGCAGAUCGGAAUUUAAGCAAUUGUGCCAAACACUCUGUAUUCCUUUGUUUUUGUAACUGGUUUAUUUUUUGGUGUUGUCAGAGAUAGAGAUUUUGUAACAAGGACAACAAUUACGGUUUAGAGAAUUACCCCAAAUGUUAAUGAAUUAUAGCUACGAUAAAGUAAUAGUAACAAAGAUA